UCCAGUGUGACUGCGGCACAGCUCUGCCUUCAGAUGCUCUCACACUCCCAACAGGCACCCACAGUGUGGACGAGAGACCCGAGGACUGCGAAACAAACCUCUCGCCUCUCUCAAGGACGACAAUCAGGAAACAAUUUCCUGGAGUUAUCGCUUUUAUAAAAUGGAUUAAGAAAGACAUCUGGAACCCCCAGAGACGUGUGGGUGUGGAGAAGUCUUGAAUGGAUGAAUAAGUGCCGAAGGAUGAGUGGAUAAAAGUUUCCAGCAGUGAUUGCUCCACAGCAGAUUAUUCUUAUGAGGCUGAACGCUGACUCGCUGCAGGUGUGAACUUCAUUUCCUGUUGAGGCCGACGAGGACCGCGAGCAAACCUGAUGAAACAGCUCUCAAAUUUCACUGCAAUCUCUGCGGCACCUGCUCAUCACUGAAAUUGCUUUCCAUCCUCCAAGUUAACAACUUCAAAGCGUGGAGCGAUCUUCCUCAGAGGCAUUGUUUGUCUAUAUUCAAAACACAUCGCAAGCUUGUAAUUAUGCCCUCACUCUCAUUAUCUCUGUUUCUUCUGCUGCACGACUAAGAGGUGAGGGAGAAGUGGAUCAGAGGGUGAGGAGGGUUUUUUUUCCUCUUCUUCAAGAUUAGAGAAGGUGGAAGAGGGAGAGAGGAAGGCAAAGGGGGAGGGAGAGAUAAACAGAGGCAGUUUAAGGCGGUAAACACGUCCCGUCCAGAGGCAGCUCUCCUCUAAACACAUCAGGCAUAAAUCAGCACUGCGUUUGUCUGUGGUGACUCUGAAACAGGAGGACAGACGGUCAGCGGACCAGCCGGAGCGAGUAGAAAACACUGUGGUUGUCAGUCUGGAAACACUGGAGAUAAGCUGAAGUGAGGAAACCUGUGCGGCUGAUUAUUAGUGGGAAUAAAACUCUCGAUUUCCCAACAUAGAAGAAGAAACAAGAAACCACAACCAUGGACUCAGACGUCUCCCACAGCUGCUCUUGUCUUUGCAGCAAGAUGAAACACAUGAGCAAAAACAGCAGUGGCGUCUUCCAGCAGCAGACCAGAUCCACCUCGAGACCCCACCGGCCUCUCCUCCACCCCAGGACCCUGCUCCUCCUGCCCCUGCUGCUCCUGCUCUUUCUCUCCCUGUGGAGCCAGCAGGCCGAGGCCGUGGUCCACUCCAGCUUCAGGCGGCUCAGCGGCCGAGAGAAGAAGGAGAUGCAGAAGGAGAUCCUGUCCAUUUUGGGUCUGCCGGGGAGACCCAGACCCCACCCGCCGCUACGACCGCCCUCCUCCGCACCGCUCUUCAUGCUGGACCUGUACCACGCCAUGUCGGCCGACGGGGAGGAUGAGGGCAAUGAAAUUAUUGUGAACGGACCUGGCAUGGGGAAGGUCGGAGGGGCGGAAAGGUCGCCUCAGGUCAACCACGCAGCCCCUCCGACCCUCAGCACGCACACGCCGCCGCUGGGCACGGUGGUCAGCGAGGCCGACACGGUGAUGAGCUUCGUCAACCUGGUGGAGCAGGAGCGUGACCUCCUGCAGCCUCGUCCGUACUGGAAGGAGUUUCGUUUCGAUCUGACGCCCCUCCCUCAGGGGGAGACGGUGACGGCGGCAGAGUUUCGGAUCUAUAAGACCCUGACGAUGGGCCAGAGGGCCAACCGGACGCUGCACAUCUCUGUCUACGAGAUCCAGCGAGAGAACAGACACAGAGAGCCGGAGCUGGUGCUGCUGGACAUGCAGUCUGUGCCUGCAGGACAGGAGGGCUGGCUCGCCUUCGACGUCACCACCGCCUCCAACCACUGGCUCCUCCACCCCCGCAGCAACCUGGGCAUACGUCUCUACGUGGAGACAGAGGAGGACCGCUCCCUGUCUGCAGGCUGGAUUGGGUUGGUGGGACGCAGGGGCCCUCGCUCCAAGCAGCCCUUCAUGGUGACCUUCUUCAGGGAGAGUCAGGUCCCGUGUCGCCCGCCACGAGCCGUCAAACCGCAUCCCCGCAGGAAGAAGCCCAAAUACGACCUCCCAGUCCCCAGCAUCCAUAAUCGGAGUCCUGCUAACAGCGGAGGUCAGCCCUGUAAAAAGCACGAACUCUACGUCAGCUUCAGCGACCUGGGGUGGAAGGACUGGGUUCUGGCCCCCACUGGAUAUUCAGCUUACUACUGUGAUGGAGAGUGUUUUUAUCCUCUGGGCUCCUGCAUGAACGCCACGAACCACGCCCUCAUCCAGCAAGUGGUCCACCUCCUGAAGCCUGACGAGGUUCCUAAGGCGUGUUGCGCCCCCACCAAGCUCAGCCCAAUCUCCGUCCUGUUCUAUGACGACAACAACAACGUCAUCCUGAAGAAACACCGUAACAUGGUGGUAAAGACCUGCGGGUGUCUAUGAGAGUCAUUACGGUCCCACUCAGUAGCCUGGACACUGAACAGUCCAGUCCAAGUCCAAAACAACUGACAUGGAUGAUUGUUUCCAGACAUGAACUCUGCAGAAACCUGUAACGUUGGCCAACAUGCUGGAUGACAGAAGCGUUAUUAGACAGGUCUUUGUCUUAAGUGUUUGAGGGCUGAUUUAGGAUCAGCAGCUGAACAGUCUUUAAUCUACUGUCCAAAAUGAAAGAGUCAGAGUUUACUGAUUCCAAAUCAGCGCUCAGAGGCUUCAAACAUAUUUUCUGAGUAUUUGUUUAUGUACAAAUUGUCGCUCCGCAGCUGCAGGUUAUUCUGCUUACAUGUGAGAAAUACUGUCGAGUCUAUAUGAACACACCUUUGACCUGAACUGUAUUCUCAUGAAACAUCCAUCAGCUUCAUGUAGGUUAAUACUUAAAAACAAGUACAGAACUUAUUUGCCAACUUUUCAAGAGUACAGUGUAAUUUUAAUACAUCGACUUUUACAAAAAAGAAUUGAUUUCGACUUCGCAGUUAGCUUUGAAUGGCAAAUGAUAUGAGAUGGCAGAACAAGCCAUUAGUGAUGCCUGUUUUUAAGAAAGAAAUCUGGUGACAGCAUUUCUACUGUUGGAGUCUAUACGAGGAGAAAAUAUCAAAUUGUUAUUACUAAAAACUUUUCACGUUCUCUUAUCUUAUGGUCAUAGUAUGAUAAAGAAGAAAACUCAGUGUAAAUAAUCAAGUUUCAUUUUUACAAGUCAGUCAGUGAAUCAUAUCCACUAAUAAAAACUGAAAGUGA